AUGAGGAGAGCCAUUCAAAACUUCAAGCAAAUUCCAAAUGAAUCUCUAGCCGAAUCUUGGGAGAGAUUUAAGGAACUACAAAGGCAAUGCCCUCAUCAUGGUAUUCAAGGAUGGGAUCUUAUGAUGGCUUUCUAUGAAGGGUUGCUUGAUAAUUCAAAAAUCUUGGUGGAUGCUUCAUCGGGAGGGUCAUUCACGGUUUUGGAACCUACUCAAGCCGAGGAACUACUUGAAAAAAUUGCGACAAAUGGAACAACUUGGUAUUCUGAGAGGUCUUCCCAAAGGCUUGUGGGAGGAUUUCAUGAUGUUGAUCAAAUAUCCGCCUUGUCGGCUAAGGUGGAUAAUAUGGCAUCCAUGGUUCAAAAGAUAGCUCAAAUCACCCUCAACAAUCAUAAUGCGAGCUAUGAUUCUUCUACUUCUAUUCCUCCAAGGCAAAUCAUGAUGUGUGACUUAUGUGGGGGAGAGCACAAUUUGGGAGAGUGCUUAAAUGAUGAUAUGGGUUCUCAAUCUACUUUGGAGCAUGUUGAUUUGGUAGGAUAUGGUAGGCAACAACAAUCAUACCAACCGCAAGGAGCCUACAAUCCUAAUGCAUCAAGGAAUCACCCCGGUUUUUCUUGGAGUAAUCCGAUGGGGGCUGCAAAUCCCCAAAGUUUUAGCAAUAGAGGACCACCACCGGGAUUCCAAGGGCAGCAAAAUUAUAGAGGUGGUCAACAACAACAAUCUAGGCAAAAUUUAGGAUUUCAAAAUCCUAAUGCUCAACCGAGGCAACCAUUAGAGAACCCGCCUCCACCAAAUUGGGAAGCCAUGCUAGAUAUGAUGGUUAAAUCUCAAAUGAAAAGCGAAGAGAGGUUUAGGCAAGUUUCGGAGAAGUUGGACCAAUUGAGUGCUCAUCAUAAAAUGCUAGAAAAUCAAAUUGCCAAUCAAGCCUCAACCUCUAGCACUAAAGUAACCGGGAAGUUGCCCGCUUGUCCCGAAAAUCCUAGAGAGCACAUGAAUGCCAUUAUCACUAGAAGUGGAAAGCAACUUGAAGGUCCACAAUUGCCUACCAAUGAUCAAAUUUUGGAGCCGGAAGUUGAAAAUGGAAAGUUAAAGGAGGAUGUUGUUGUGCAAAGCAAAGGAAAGGAUUCUUGCCUAUUCAAAUCCAAAGAAGAUGAAAUCCAAAAGCUUGAACCUUUGUUGAGACAAAUUCCACCACUCCCGUUCCCACAAAAAUUCAAGAAAGCCAAGGUGGAAGAAAGAAGGGCAAGGUUCUUGAGCUUGAUCAAGCAAUUGGACAUUUCUAUUCCUUUGCUUGAUGCCAUCACCGAAAUCCCCUCUUAUGCAAGAUUUUUGAAGGAGAUUCUAUCCAACAAGAGGAGAUUUGAAGACCGUGAAACCGUUGCGGUCAAUGAAGAGUGUAGUGCCCUUAUCCAAAAUAAGCUUCCACCGAAACUUAGAGACCCCGGGAGCUUCUCUAUUCCAUGUGUUAUUGGAGGGUCUCUUGUGCAAAGAGCUCUGUGUGACUUGGGAGCUAGUGUGAGCUUGAUGCCAUAUUCUUUAUGUAAAAAGUUGCAACUUGGGGAGCCCAAACCCACCGCCAUGACUUUGCAACUAGCGGAUAGAUCCGUAAAACACCCCGUGGGAGUUCUUGAAGAUGUGCCGGUAAAGAUUGACAAAUAUUACAUCCCGGGUGAUUUUGUGGUUCUAGAAAUGGAAGAAGAUGCUAAAGUUCCUAUCAUUCUUGGGAGGCCAUUUUUGGCAACCUCCGGGGCGGUAAUUGAUGUUAAAAAGGGGACUUUGGUGCUUGAAAUUGGGGAUGACAAAGUUGAGUUUAAUGUUUUUGAAUGGGCUAACAAAUCCCCUUGUCUUGAUGAAUGCUUUUGUGUAGAUACUAUUGAUUCAUGUGUCCGGGAAACUCUUAAAGAUAGCAAUUGGAUUUCUAAUGAUCCUUUGGGAGUUGGUGUGGAGGAUACUAUUGAGGAAGAGCAAAUUGAUGAAGACACAAGUGGUUUUGACGAACUUUUUGAUGAGAAUGAAUUAUUGGUGCAACCAUCCUCACCAAAGCAUGAAGUAUUUGGUCUUGGAGACCAAUUGGAUAAUCACAAUGGGGAUAAUCAUCCAAAGGUAGAAUUAAAACCUCUACCCUCCGAAUUGAAGUAUGCUUUUCUUGGUCCUAAUUCUACAUAUCCCGUUAUUGUGAAUGCUAAAUUGAAUGAUGAUGAAAUUGACAAGUUGUUGCAUGUGUUGAGAAGGCAUAAAAGAAUCAUUGGUUAUACUCUUGAUGACAUUGUUGGCAUAAGUGCAUCCUAUUGCAUGCAUAGGAUAUACUUGGAAGAGGGGUAUAAACCGAGCAUUGAACCACAAAGAAGGUUGAAUCCGAACAUGAAAGAUGUGGUGAAAAAGGAGAUUCUAAAGUUGUUGGGUGCGGGCAUUAUCUAUCCCAUCUCGGAUAGUAAAUGGGUAAGCCCAAUUCAUGUGGUUCCUAAAAAGGGUGGAACAACCGUGGUUGAAAAUGAAAACAAUGAGCUCAUUCCUACUAGAUUGGUUACCGGGUGGAGAAUGUGCACCGACUAUAGGAAGUUGAAUAAAGCUACAAGGAAAGACCACUUCCCACUUUCUUUUAUUGAUCAAUUGCUUGAGAGGAUGGCAAAACAUGCUUAUUUUUGUUUUCUUGAUGGCUUCUCGGGAUUCUUUCAAAUUCCCAUUCACCCCGAGGAUCAAGAAAUGACUACCUUUACAUGUCCGUAUGGUACUUUUGCAUAUCGGAGGAUGCCAUUUGGGUUAUGUAAUGCACCGGCAACAUUUCAAAGGUGUAUGGUGGCCAUUUUUUCAGAUUUCAUUGAAGAGAGCAUGGAGGUUUUUAUGGAUGAUUUUUCUGUGUAUGGACUAUCUUUUGAUGAAUGCCUUGCCAACUUGGAUAAAGUGUUGAAUAGAUGUGAAGAAGCCAAUCUUGUUCUAAAUUGGGAGAAAUGCCAUUUUAUGGUAAAUAGUGGGAUUGUUCUUGGUCACAAAAUCUCAAAGAAAGGCAUGGAGGUAGACCCGGCAAAAGUGGAAGUCAUUGAGAAACUACCACCACCCACCACGGUAAAGGGAAUUAGAAGUUUUCUUGGGCAUGCGGGAUUUUACCGGCGGUUCAUUAAGGAUUUUUCUAAAAUCUCAAAACCUCUUACUCAUUUGCUUUCUAAAGAAGCUAACUUUGUCUUUGAUGAAUCUUGUUUUGAAGCUUUUGAUAGGUUAAAGAAGGCAUUAAUUUCGGCACCCAUUAUGUCACCACCGGAUUGGAGCUUACCGUUUGAAAUCAUGUGUGAUGCUAGUGAUUUUGCCGUGGGGGCUGUUCUUUGCCAAAAGAGAGAUAAAAGCUUGCAUCCGAUCUACUAUGCAAGCCACACUUUAAAUGAUGCUCAAGUCAACUACUCCACCACCGAGAAAGAAAUGCUUGCCGUGAUUUUUGCCAUUGAAAAAUUUCGGUCUUAUCUUGUGGGGAGCAAGGUGAUUAUUCACACCGACCACUCGGCACUCAAGUACUUGAUCAACAAAAAGGAUGCCAAGCCGAGAUUGAUUAGAUGGACCCUUCUACUUCAAGAAUUUGACAUCGAAAUCAAGGACAAGAAGGGGUCCGAAAAUCUUGUUGCCGAUCACUUGUCAAGGUUGGAGAAUCAAAAGGAAGUGGUUGGAGAAGAGUUGCCUAUUGAUGACAACCUUGGUGGGGAACAACUUAUGGCAAUCAAGGCCUUUUUGCCUUGGUACUCCGACUUGGUCAACUAUGUGGUAUGUCAAAAAUUCCCACCAAAUGCUUCCCGUGCUCUAAAGAAAAAACUCAAAAAUGAUGCAAAAUACUAUCUUUGGAAGGAACCUUUUCUUUACAAGAGAUGUGCCGAUGGGGUAAUGAGAAGAUGCUUGCCCGAGGAUGAGAUUGAAAGCGUCCUAAACCAUUGCCACUCAUCACCUUAUGGAGGACACUUUGGGGCUUCUAGAACCGCGGCUAAAGUUCUACAAUCCGGAUUUUAUUGGCCUAGCUUGUUCAAGGAUGCUCAUUCUUAUGUGAAGCAUUGUGAUAAAUGUCAAAGGGUAGGCAAUGUUGGGAGAAGAAAUGAAAUGCCUCAACAAAGCAUACUUGAGGUGGAAUUAUUUGAUGUUUGGGGUUUAGACUUCAUGGGUCCAUUUCCUAAAUCUUUUGGGCAUGAAUAUAUUCUUGUUGUUGUGGAUUAUGUCUCUAAAUGGGUUGAAGCCGUUUCUUGCCCCACAAAUGAUGCUAAGGUGGUCAUCAAGUUCAUAAAGAAAAAUAUCUUUGCAAGGUUUGGAGUGCCAAGGGCAUUGAUCACCGAUAAUGGAAAGCAUUUUUGCAACAAAGCUUUGGGGAAAGUUCUUGAAAAAUAUGGAGUUCAUCACCGACUUGCCACUCCUUAUCAUCCUCAAACUAGUGGCCAAGUAGAGCUUUCUAAUAGAGAAAUCAAAUCAAUUCUUGAGAAAGUUGUUAACCCGUCAAGGAGGGAUUGGGCCACUAAACUUGAUGAUGCACUUUGGGCAUAUAGGACUGCAUACAAGAACCCAAUCGGGACUUCACCAUUCAAACUUGUUUACGGGAAAGCAUGCCAUCUUCCCGUAGAGUUGGAACACAAAGCACACUGGGCAGUCACAACUCUCAACAUGGAUUUAAAACUUGCGGGUGAAAAGAGGCUCCUUCAACUCAAUGAGUUAGAGGAAUUCAGACUUGAUGCUUAUGAGAAUGCCCAAAUUUACAAGGAAAAGACUAAGAAAUGGCAUGACAAGCACAUUCUCAAGAGGGAGUUUGUUUCCGGUGAUAAAGUCCUUUUGUUCAACUCAAGGUUGAAACUAUUCCCAGGGAAGUUAAGGUCUAGAUGGUCGGGACCUUAUGAGGUUGUUCAUGCAUAUCCAUCUGGAGCUGUGGUGAUUCGAGGAAAAAAUGGAGAUUUCACCGCAAAUGGCCAAAGAUUGAAACAUUACCAUGAUGACACCAAGAUUGAGGCUAAAGUGGCAAUUAGCCUUUGUUCCCCAACCUACACCUGAAAGAGAAAAGGGGUCGAGCUCACGACCUUAAACGAGCGCUUCUUGGGAGGCAACCCAAGUCCUUUUAAUUUAUUUUAAUUGCAUUUUGCUUUUCUUCUAGUUUUUGUGCUAUUUUUAUGUUUUUGUGUUUUUAGUUGAUAAUUGCGUAUUUAUAAAGUCCUUGAGCCUAAUUUUGUUUCUAGGUAUGUUUUUGGAGUGAAAUCUUGCUUGGAUAAUAAUUGUGUUGUUUGGAGUUUCUUUGCAUUUAUU